AUGGGCAAGGAUGAAACUGAGCUACAACAUAUUGAUAUAGAGGCCAUGAGAAUGGGACCUCAAUUGAACAUGCUGCAGAGAGAAUCCCUAAUCAAGAAUGUAACUGAGGAGGAAAUUCAAAAAGCCUUAGCUGGCAUUGGUGACCUUAAAUCUCUAGGUAUGGAUGGAUUUGGAUCUAAAUUUUUCAAGGCUUGUUGGCACUUAAUCAAACAUGAUGUAAUAGUUACAGUUAAGGAAUAUUUUGACACUGGGCAGAUAUACAAGGCUUUCAAUAGCACUGUAGUAACCUUAAUACCUAAAGGUGAAAUCCCUAAAGGGUAUGGUAGGGAAGGAGGGACUCCUAGGGUUAUGAUGCAAAUUGAUUUGCAAAAAGCCUAUGAUAUGGUAAACUGGAGAGCCAUGGAAUGCAUACUAAAAGAGAUAGGAAUAGCUAAGAAGUUUAUAGAUUGGAUUUUGGCUAGUAUGACCACUAUUUCAUAUAAGGGGAUCCAAUUUCUCCCCUCUUGUUUGUUCUUAUUAUGGAGUAUAUGCAUAGGACUAUGUAAAAAAAUGCAGAAUGACCCAAACUUCAAUCACCACCCCAAGUGUGCAAAGCUGAAUUUGACAAAUCUGAUAUUUGCUGAUGAUGUUUUACUUUUCUGCAGAGGAGAUCCUACUUCUGUUGAGAUGAUGCAGCAGGCUUUUAGCAAAUUCAUAAAGUCAACUGGUUUAAUUGCUAAUCCCUCAAAGAGUACUAUGUUUUGUGGAGGGAUUGAUAAUAUAAUGCAAAGAAGGCUUCACAAGAUCACUGGAUUCAAAGAAGGUGUGUUCCCUGUCAAAUAUCUUAGAGUUCCUCUCACUUGCAAGAGAUUGACCAUACAACACUAUUUACCUUUGAUUGAUAAAAUUUUGGCUCGAAUACAUCACUGGACUGCUAAACUGUUGACUUAUGCUGGAAGGAUUCAACUUGUGAAAAGCAUUAUCUCUGGUAUUGCUCAAUACCGGAUGAGUUGCUUCCCUUUCCCAAAAAUUGUUCUUGCUAAGAUUGAUAGGAUUUGUAGAAGUUUUAUAUGGACAGGUACUGAAAAUAGCAGGAAAAGUCCUGUGGAAUGGAGCACUAUUUGCAAGCCUUAUGCUCAAGGAGGAUUGCAGAUCCUUAACUUACAAGUUUGGAACCAUGUCCUAAUGCUCAAGUGUCUUUGGAAUAUAUGCAGAAUGGCUAAAAACCUUUGGGUUAAAUGA